GAUAUGGCAUGCAUGUCUCACAAUUAUUUAUCCCUUGGGAGCAUAGCCAUAAAGAAUAUUUUUUUUUGGCUCUCCAUUCUUGGUUUCCCUCGCAAAUGGCGGAGAUAUUUUACUGGGGAGUCACAUUUUUCACGGGAAAACGAAAGAACAUUAUCCCAACUUCCCAGUAUCCGCAUUCCCUCACACAAAAAACAAGAAGAAAACGAGCCGAAUCAGGAAGACCAGCAAAAGAAAAAGGAAAAAAGAAAAACCUUGGGAAAGUACACUCGAGGAGCGCAAAGCAAACGCAGAGCAGCCGUGGUCGGAGCUUGCCCUUUUUGGUGGAUUUUACGGGGUCCUAUCAUCGAUCGCCCCUUUUGUUGAGUUUCAGUCUCUGAUGGCAUUCUCGGCGCCCUUUAGCCGCUCAAUUUUCUAUUUGAACACGACGAUGUCUUCUCAGCCAUGUUCAUCUUCACCCCGUCUCUUCAAAUCCCACAGCCAUAACCAUAAUUCGUCGACCAUGGGUUAUCAGAGCUCUUAUGGACGACGGGCGAUCAGUUGUUCCUCUCCUGAGAUGGGUCACGCCCCAGAUCCCCUGAAAUGCAGCAGGCAACCUCCAUUACCUUCAGUGGCUCCUUUUAAUGUCACAAUGAAUGAAGUUGGCUUGUCAAAACAAUCAUACACAUGGCGUAGGGUGUUGCUUAAAGUGAGUGGAGAAGCACUUGCUGGAGAUCAAGCACAGAACAUCGACCCAAAGGUCACUAUGGCUAUUGCAAGGGAGGUUGCAGCUGUAACACGACUUGGCAUUGAGGUUGCAGUUGUUGUUGGUGGGGGAAACAUCUUUCGUGGAUCCUCUUGGGCAGGAUGUAGUGGCCUUGACCGGUCAUCUGCCGAUUACAUUGGGAUGUUGGCUACUGUUAUGAAUGCCAUCUUUCUUCAGGCAACAAUGGAGAGCAUUGGCAUCCCCACUCGAGUGCAGACUGCAUUUCGCAUGUCUGAAGUUGCUGAACCAUACAUACGUAGAAGGGCGGUUAGACAUUUAGAGAAAGGGAGGGUUGUGAUUUUUGCAGCUGGAACGGGAAACCCAUUCUUCACUACAGACACUGCUGCAGCCCUUCGUUGUGCAGAGAUUAAUGCAGAGGUGAUGCUGAAAGGCACGAAUGUUGAUGGGGUGUACGACGAUAAUCCCAGGUGUAAUCCAAAUGCUCGCCUUCUUGAAAGUCUCACUUAUCAAGACGUGAUAUCAAGGGAUCUUUCAGUGAUGGAUAUGACCGCCAUUACGUUAUGCCAAGAGAAUAAGAUCCCUGUCGUCGUCUUCAAUCUUAACAAGGCGGGUAACAUCUCGAAAGCUAUUCUAGGAGAGAGGGUGGGCACGUUGAUUGGAGGGACAAUGAAUUCUGAGCCGGCAAGGACGACAUGAGGCAUGCAGGAGGAUGUGUUUUUGUUUGGCUCUAUCCUGCUGUUGCUGGUAUCGUUUUUGGGGUGCCUUCCAUUUUGGUGCUUAGAGUUGUGGGACAAUUGUGCAUUUGAGUCAUGUGCAGGUCUCAGCCAGCCGUGAGGGAGUUAAUACUGAUAGAUCAUGAAGUUGAGACUUGAGACGGUGCUUGAAUAUUUAGUUGAGCAGAGCAUCCAUGCAGUGCUUGCCCACGUGUUGAACUUGCCAAGGCUUAAGGGGCUAUUUUUAGUUUAAAAAAAAACAUUAUUCAAAACAAUUAUUUUUUAGAUUUCUAUAUUUUAUUUUCCAGUUCAUCCUAAGUGUUUUUUCUUUUUCAUAUAAAAUAUAGGAAACACAUUGAACUGUUAAAUAGAGUUAUUUUUUCUUUUA